AUGCCUCAGGUCACUUUCUUUCCCUCAGCGCCGCCCGGACCCACGCCAGGCCGCUUCUACCCGAUACGGCCCACUGCCGUAACCGUGCUUUCCUGGGAGGGCCGCCGGCACAUCCUCAACUUUCGCCAUUGGUUAGAUCGAUCCCAACAUUGCUCCAUCUGCACGAGUUGCAGCAUUGAGUCCAAACUGUAUCAACGGCCUACUUGCCGCCCCGGGAGGCAAGGGGACCUUAGGCACCGGAAGUACGGAGUAAUGCUUGAAGAAAUGUUUGGUAGCAAUGACAACUUGUCACGUGCGCUUUCCGCUGGCCGUAGAGCCUUGCUUCAAGAGCAGGUCGACAAAAGCUGGGAAAUUGUUUAUCCUACUGUGGAAGCCAGCGUCUAUAUGAGCCAACCGAGAGACUCGAAGAAUGCCAUAUCCCACAAGCCGACUAACAUGCUGUCUCCCCGGCCGAGAACCACCUCCCCGGGUCAAAGCCAGACGUCAUUUCCACUUGAGCUCUAG